CCGCGUUUUGGUACGGGUAGCUGUAUUAAUGGCGGCUACCAGUUGUUGUGCCUGUAGCUCCGCCUUGGACACUUUGUUGGUCUCUUGAAUAUUACUUUAGUGAGCAUGCGGUUCUUGUUCUCUUCGUGAUUCGGGGAAUAUGAAUUCCGUCAUGGAAGGUCUGUCUUCUGUACUAAACCCCGAAGAGGAAAUGCGGCUGCUGAAGGAUAAAGUGCGAGAACUGGAACUGCAGAAUAAACAGCUGAAGAACAUGAACCAACCGCAGUCGCCAAAUAAGAAAGAAGCCACUACGAAAGAUAUCAAACAAGCUAAAAACAUGAGUAUGUCGGAUGAAGGGAACGAGAAAAUGUCCGAAACAGAGUCUGUUGAGAGUCUAGGAAUCCUGGAUGUUGACCAACUCUUGGAAGCGUCAAGCGAUGAGACGUGGUUGACAGAUGGUCCGGCCACAUGUGCUUCUGAUGAGGUAACCCUUGCCCCGUUCAGGUGGAGCAACAUUCAUGGGCACGACAAUAAGGAUAUUGGCACUGAUACCCAUGUCAAUAAGGUGGACAAUCUACUUCAAAUCCCGCGCAAAGGGUAUGACACGCGUACCUUCACACGGCCCCGUAAAAGGCGGCCCACACUGGAAAUGAAGACCGUGCACACCUUCAGCACGCCUGCACCAAUGCCGGACCUCUGUGAGGGACGGCCGAACGCUACGGUCCACGUUACAUCUGCGGCGAACAACACAGCCGAGGACAAGCCUGUGGCACCUGUUGAGCCACAGCCUCCACUGGUGGACGUACAUGAAAUAGCCAGGCUCCAGGAAGAAAGCUUGAAACAAAAUUCUCCGAUGUCAACGCCUAAACGCAGCUCUGUCAGCAGCCUGAGGUCCUUAGACUCUCGGCACGACUCGGAUACGGAGAGCCUCCACGAUGCGACCACAUACAGGGUAUAUCCUGAUGGAGACAGAGACAGCAGAGCUAGGACACCACCCCUGCCCCCUCCACCUGCAAUGAAAGACGAGGAAAGUUCAUCUGCUGGUAGUAGCCCGUACGGAUCUUCAUCAUCACUCCACAGGAUGUCACUCACAACUACAAGAGGUGCAACGCGUCGAAGCUUUCCAAACUUGAGCAAGGCCCUGAAUGGUGCGAGCGGAAUUGCGGUGACAGGCUCUCGAGCCUCAAGUACAAAGCUUCGGCAGCCGUUAACCAAACCUUGUGGUGGGAUUUCCUCGUCGCAGCAAGAACUGAGGUCGAUCGGUCAGCUUGAGCAAUCAAAAUUGGGGAGACGACUGCCAGAGCGACCUCCAGUCAUGGCAGCUCGCCCCUCUUCAGUACCAGACCGAAGGCAAAGUCUGGGUCAGCCUGGCAUACCAUCUUCUAAAGCGCAGGGCGGACGGAGGUCUCUUGGCACGCCUUCCCAUCAGCGUCUCGUGUCACCCUCCCAGAUGCCUGCGCCUGCAAGAAUGGCGUCUGCUUCACCAGCACUGCCACAGAAACAACAGCCAAAGAAGAUACAAGAGGCUGUUCCUGUACAGGCUUCAGCGACUGCGCUGAAGACGGCAAAAUCCGGGCUGCCAAGAUUCAGCCGUGUGCCACAGCCUACUACAAAGCGGUCUGGCAUACCAGCUUUAUGCAAACCCACAACGUUAUCCACAAGAAUGAACAAUCCAGAUGAUGACUGGAGUGACGGCUGCUACUGAGUGAAGUGUGAAACAUAACAUGCAUAGCAUGAUACUGUCACAUACAUUAUUCCAUGGGUUCAGUUUACUUUUUUAGCUUUUAAUGAAGUCCAUAUUUAAUUUAAAUUUGUUUAAAUACCUUAGAGCUGCCUGGCAUUUUAUCUUGCAUCAGGAAUGUAGCCAACUGUUUAAGCCUGACCGCCACAUGGACCAACUGCUGGACACUGUAUGUGGUGUGCAGGACAUUGCGGGGGCUGCAGAGAUGUUAGUAAUGUUGAUUUUGCAUAUCCCAAAAUUGUUCUGCUCUUCAUCCACUGGUUUGACAAAUUUUUGUUUCAGUGAUUUUAGUAAGCAAAGUAUAUAAUUUUUUUUUUACUGGAUCAACCAAAAUCUGGAUAAAAUAAUGGGAUUGUGGCUAACAAAAUAAAAGUGGUUCUAGGAAAUGUGAGACAGAUCAUACCAACAAAUAUACGACAGUUUCAGGGACUUUAAUGAAGAACCAUGUCCUUUUAGAGUUGUGAGCACUUCACGAGCACAUGAUCCUGCUCAGAAGCAUUUUUGUUAUGAACUUGAAACUACAAUUCUUGUCUUUUGAUUCUUGUUCUGGAAUAGAGGUACUGCACAAGCUUACAGGCAUGUGUAAGUGUGUGUUUAUAGUCUUGGGGCUUCAUGAAACCCUGGAAAAGUAAGCAUGUCUGGGGAUGAACAAGAUCGUGCUCAUAUAUUUUUUCUUUCUUUAUGUGAUUGCAUAAGUUCUGGAAGAAGACUCAAGAUGUGCUCACAGAUUUGUACUAUACUGCGUCUUGCUUUGUUUUCCUUUUCUGUGCAAAAAGGAUGCUCAGUUUACUUGUAUACUUUACGAAGGGGGAGGGGCUAAGUCUGACUAGGUGAGGUGUUCGACGUGUAGGGGGGAGUCAUAAAAUCGCUACAGCAUUUACAGCAAUACACUGUGAUAUAUUUAUAGUGCAUGUACAGAGUGGUAGGCAUGAAAUGUAUGUUGCAAACUAACUGUUAACUUGAAUUCAGAAAUCUACUAACAAAACCUUUGAGUUGACAAAAUGGAAGACCUCUAAAAACAACUUUAAGCAGCGUUGAAGAGUGCUUGUUGGAUUUGUGCAAAAGGAAGUUCCUUCCAGUUGAAUGGUGCAGUUUCUCAUAAAAAUGUAAUGUAGUGUGCGAGUUUUGAUAACACUGUGGGGUGCACGGGGUGUGUAUUAUAAUACUACGUAGGGCUGUAAAUAAGUGGGGUGCAUGGGAGCAUUAGGUUUGGAACCUUGUGUUUUGGGGAUUUAUGUGUGAAGCUGUAAAACUGGGUGAAAUCUGGUGAUGUCAUGUGCGAGAGCAGAUUUUUGGGUGCAAAAGAGAAAGGAAAGCAACACAGGAGCUGGUGAGAGGCAGUGCUGUGUGUCAAGCAUCUGGUGUUCAGGUUCUGCCUUGCCGAGUUCGAUGAUCCGGUUUUCCUGGGUUUUACCAGAAGUGACAGAGAUGCAAUUUGGGUAGGGGCUUAACCGAGUUCGGGGGUCUAAUUAUGGUUGUCUGUGGGAACAGGGUGCUUUAGCUGCUUACUUGAUGGUGUCAGUAAUUUAUGUGUAUCUACAUGCAAUGACAUUUGUUGUAAAUAGUACAGGGCGGUUAUAACCUAACAAACUUUAUUUAAAAAAAUGAUGUCGUGCAUUUCCUAAUUAAAAGCAAGCACAAAAAUAUAAACGAUGCA